AAAUCUGUGGGAAACGAAUGCAAAAAAAAGACAAUAAAAAAAAUCUGCUAAUUGUUUGGAAUAACCGCGAUACCGCGAUACUCAGCGACGUGGGGAAAAGUUUGCGCGAGGAACGCGUCCUGAGCGCGCGCGCCGAGGUGCGUGUGUGUGUAUGAUAUAAAUUACACAGUAUAUAUAUAUAUAAAUAUUUAUGCGCGCGCGCGUUUCUUCUCUUUGAACCGAAUCUGAGACGGAAAGUUCGGGAAUGUCGCUCUCGGUACCGCAGAACGGACAGGGCGAUACCGAGCCCGUGAUUGAGCUCUUUGUGAAGGCAGGCAGUGAUGGAGAGAGCAUAGGGAACUGUCCCUUCUCGCAGCGUCUCUUCAUGAUCCUGUGGCUGAAGGGUGUGGUGUUUAACGUCACCACUGUCGACCUGAAAAGGAAACCAGCAGAUCUACAAAACCUAGCUCCUGGAACACACCCUCCCUUCAUCACGUUCAACGGCGAAGUAAAAACUGAUGUAAACAAGAUCGAGGAGUUCCUGGAGGAUGUGCUCAGCCCACCCAAGUACUCGAAGCUCAGCGCUCGUCAUCCCGAGUCCAACACAGCAGGCAUGGACAUCUUCGCCAAGUUCUCCGCUUACAUCAAGAACUCCAAACCCGACGCCAACGAGGCUCUGGAGCGAGGUCUGCUGAAGACACUGCAGAAGUUGGAUGAGUAUCUGCGUUCUCCGCUGCCUGAUGAGAUCGACCACAACAGCAUGGAGGACGUCCAAGUGUCCAGCCGCAAAUUCCUGGAUGGAGAUGAGAUGACGCUGGCCGACUGCAACCUGCUGCCCAAACUGCACAUCGUCAAGGUGGUGGUGAAAAAGUACAGAGGCUUUGAGAUCCCUAAAGACCUGACAGCCGUGUGGAAGUACCUGAGCAACGCGUACUCCCGCGAUGAGUUCACCAACACCUGCCCCAGCGACAAGGAGAUCGAGAUCGCUUACGCCGACGUGGCCAAGAGGCUCGUCAAAUAAACGCCUUCGCCACCAAAACACUCCCUUUUUCUUCCGAUAUUUUCUAUCUAUCGUUCUUUUUUUCCCACUGAAACCCCACAACACUGGGACUUCUUUAUUUUUCACACAAAGGAAAAAAGACUUUCAGUUGUAGAGGAUAAUAAUAACCCAGUGCAUGAAGUCCUGAUAGAUACGGAUCUAUUUCAUUUCUUACUUUUCACUUCUGUUCAAUUCAAUUUAACCUUCUGGUUGUUUUUUUUUUCUAUCAUAUGAGAAGUGUUAACCAGUUAACGAGUGUGUAUUGGUACAGCGUAAUAUACAGUAACACACACACACACACACACACACACACACACACACACACACACACACACACACUUCUCCCUGUAGCAGUAAAGGAGAGUAUAUAUUCACCAGCCUUUAGAGUUCUGCUUUUCUUAGUUUGCUUCAAAGCUUCUAUUUUCUUGUUUAUGAAAGAAAUCAGCAUCUGAACAGUGUUUGAAGCUCCAGUGUUUUUCUUUUUCCCCAUCAAGCACUGACCAGAUAUUAGACUCCGACAUGAAGGUAGACUUUUAAAUCGUUUUGUCUUUUUUUUUUUCCCCCCUAAUUGAUUAUAAUCUUCAUUAAAACUCCACCCACCUGCCUGAUUUUUUUUAUUUUUUAUUUUGGUUUAGUUUUUUCAGCUCAGUGGAUCGUCUCAGUCGUCUCAGUCGUCUCAGUCGUAUCAGGUGUGUUUGAUCGUGCAUUUAAUCGUAAAUGUAAAUUAGAAAAAUGUAGAAAGAAACACAAUGACUGUGAGGACAAGGUGCCAAAAAUUUGCCUUUUUUUUUACUUUAAAAUAAAAAACAGGAUUUUUUAUGACGGAUCUAAAAAAAGAUUUUUGUAAUGAUUUGAUGGUCUGAAUGUAGCUGAUGAAGGUCUUACUCAGGUGCACGUGUUGGAAUACGUCGCCUCUCCGGCCUUCACCGUCUCCUCACAGCGAUUUUUCUUUUCUUUCUUUUAUACGUUGCACCUCAAAUCACAAGUGAUUGUACUCGAAGGGAAAAACGAUCUGAUUGUGUUCCGUGAUCCAGAAGGAAAAACAUAAAGCUUUAUUCUUUUUCUAAUGUUGGAUUGAAGUGUUUCUGAGCUUCAGGUUUCUCCACCUGUUGGAUUUUUUUAGUAGAUUAAAAUAAAAAGGUACAAAAAUUGCAUUUA